AUGGAGCCAACCAGCGAUAAUCCUUUAGAUAUCGAUGAUGACCCCUCAGGUAUUCUAUCUUCCUACCCCUUCACUUCUUCUAACCCCGAGCUUCUAUUUGCUCACCCUCCUUCACUUUCAGGUCCAUAUCAGGCUCAAGCCAUGGAUCAAGAAGAAGAGGAGUACGACACGGUGAUGGACGUCAAGCUUAUUCUCCCAGUCAUCGAGACUGUCCUUAUAGAAAUGGAUGAAGUCCAUAAGGACAUGUCUCAAAAGGACAAUGUCGCUGCGGACCUCUCAGCUGUCAAGGAUGAAGUCCAAGAAGUCAAGAGCCAGCUCUCCUCUCUCCAAGAGGCCAUUAGAGCUAAUGUUGAAGCCUUAGCCAGAGAGGGGGAGAUAAGGUCCAACACUGCUGGACCAUCUGCUAAACCAGCAACCAACAAAACUGAAGCUCCUAGAGCUGAAGUUGAUGCUGAGGUUGCCUGUGAUAUCCCAACCUCCAGUGAAGCUGUUAUAGCUGAGGACGUUGAUGCCAUCCCUCACUCCGGCAGCGAUCUUGAUGGCAAUGAUGACGAUGAUGAUGAAGAUGACUUGACCAUUCAGUUUCAACGUCCAACAACUGCCACUAAAGGAGUUUCCCUCACGGAUUCCGUAUCCCAGGGGAAGCAAAGGGAAGAAGAGUUUGCUCCUGAGAAGAACCAGGACCCUAAGUCGAAAGCCACCCACGUUAAGAACUUCAUACCAAGUCUCAUCGAUCAGAUCACUAUGGGGUGGACAAUGAGGGAGUUUGGGUUGUGGGUAGUAGCUGCUUGUUUUUUGUGGUCAGUCGCAAAGGGCUGGUCACAAUUGGAGCCACAAGUUCCCUGUUUCUUUAUCUUUGGCGACUCUUUGGUUGAUAAUGGUAACAACAAUGGACUUCUUACUCUUGCUAGAGCCAACUAUAGACCAUAUGGCAUCGAUUUCCCUCAAGGUUCAAGCGGCCGGUUUACUAAUGGCCGCACCUUCGUUGAUGCAUUGACUCAACUUCUAGGAUUUCGAAACAACAUCCCACCAUAUGCUAGAACUCGUGGCCGUGCAAUACUUGGUGGACUGAAUUUCGCAUCUGGGGCUGCUGGUAUCCGUGAUGAAACGGGCAAUAAUCUUGGGGAUCAUAUUUCAAUGAACCAGCAAGUAAAAAACUUUGAGAGUAUAGUGCAGCAGAUGAGACGUUAUUUUAGAGAAGACAUGAAUGCUGUGGGGGAUCACCUUGGCAAAUGUAUUUUCUACUCUGGGAUGGGAAGCAACGACUAUCUCAAUAACUACUUCAUGCAUGAUUUCUAUAAUACCGGAACCCAGUUCACUGCACAAGCUUAUGCAAAUGCACUCAUUCAUGACUAUUCUAGUCAGCUAACUGCGUUGUACAAUUUGGGUGCACGGAAAGUGGUAGUAACUGCGGUGGGGCAAGUUGGGUGCAUACCAUAUGAGCUAGCCCGGUAUAAUGGUAGCAACAGCAGGUGUAAUGAGGAGAUAAACAAUGCUAUCAUCUUAUUUAAUUCGGGCCUACGGAAACUUGUAGAUCGCUUCAACAAGGGUGAGCUACAAGGAGCAAAAUUCAUAUACCUGGAUUCGUACUAUGCCAUUAAAGAUCUUACGCUCAAUGCUCAAUCUUAUGGGUUUGAAGUGAUGGAUAAAGGAUGUUGUGGAGUUGGAAGAAACAAUGGGCAAGUGACAUGCCUUCCUCUUCAACAAGCUUGUCGGGAUCGGUCAAAGUACAUAUUCUGGGAUGCCUUUCAUCCUACCGAAGCAGCAAAUAUCGUGACUGCAAAAUCAUCAUACUCAUCAAGUUCAUAUACAUAUCCCAUGAAUAUUCAACAACUAGCAUCACUAUGAUGCUCAUGUAAAAAGGGGGAUUAUAAUCAUGAAUGUCAAUGUGUUAUUUCAAUGUUAUUUGUAUUUGAAGGACUAUGAUGUCCAGUUGGAAGAUGUUCUUCCCAUUUGAAGGAUGGAAUUGUCAAGUGUGAUGAUAUAUAAAUUGCAAAAUGCAAUGAUGUUUGUCUUGGUUUCUAAAAUUUAGU